CUUACUAAUAUAUCAUUCUUAAUCCAUCAUUGGACGAACAAAAGAAAAAGGAAAUAGCUCUCAAAGCCACCAAGGAACCGGUGGAAGAGGUUUCAAGCGAUGACGACAACGAGUUUGGAAUCGUCAUCAAGAAGUUUCACAAGUUCAUGAAGAAGGAGUUUGAGCGGAAGGGAAGGAAGCACGACGGUUCUCCCAAGUGCUACGGCUGUGGCGAGAUUGGCCACAUCAAGCCACGGUGUCCAAAAGCCAAGCACGGCAAGGACAAGCCCGACUUCAAGAAGCAAAGGGCUUACAUCUCUUGGGGUGGAGAUUCCGGCGACGAAUCAACUGACCAAGAGGAGGACGAAGCUGCAAAUCUUUGCCUCAUGACGCACAAAGAUCAAAACGACAACGUCCAAGAGAAUGCAGUGGUCUACUGUGGCUUCAUUCUUUUUGCAAAAGGGGCACUGAGAGGGCAGGCUAUAGCUCAUUCUAGAGAGAACAUCAGGGAAAGGGAUUUGGAAGUUCCUAGCUUCCAGUUUGGAUCUGUCCAUGACCUCGUUGCAACCAUCAUCGUCGGAGUGUCUUCCUCUCUCUACCAUUGUGUCUGCUUCAGUUUGAUGGCUGGUGAGAUUCAUAACUUCAACUAGCAUAGCUAAACCCUUCUCUG